AUGAAUAAUUAUAAUUUCACGGAUAAAACAGAAAAAGUAAUUGCCAAUGCUAUACAAACUGCACGCGAUUACGCUCAUGUUCAAGUGGUCCCUGCUCAUUUAGCGUGCGCGUUAUUUGAUGAUUCCGAUGGUGAAUCGUUGAUCAAAAAUAUCAUUAAUAAAGCUGGUGGUGAUGCAACGAUCGCUGAAAGACAUUUUAAAAAAAUCUUGGCUAGGCUGCCAACGCAAGAUCCUGCACCAACAGAUUUAUCAUUAAGUCCUCAAGCUAAUAAAGUUAUAAGAGCUGCCCAUGAUAUUCAACAACGUCAAAAAGAUAGUUAUAUUUCUCAGGAUCAUCUAAUUUUGGCUUUGACAGAAGAUACACAAUCAUUACAAACAUUUAAAGAGGCUGGCAUUGAUAAAAAAAGUUUAGAAAGGGCUAUUAAUCAAGUCAGAGGAAAUCGAAGAGUGGAAUCAAAGAGUGGCGACGAAAAUUACGAGGCUCUAAGUAAAUAUGCCGUCGAUUUAAUUGCUCUAGCAAAAGACGGUAAACUCGAUCCCGUAAUUGGUAGAGAUGAUGAAAUUCGUCGCGUUAUUCGUGUCCUUGCCAGGCGAACAAAAAAUAAUCCGGUUUUAAUUGGAGAGCCAGGAGUCGGUAAAACCGCCAUAGUAGAGGGUCUUGCACAGCGUAUUGUACGAAAGGAUGUUCCACGAUCAUUAAAUGCCAGACUUUUCUCUUUGGAUAUGGGCGCUUUAGUCGCUGGUGCCAAGUACCGUGGUGAAUUUGAAGAACGUUUGAAAGCAGUUUUAAAAGAAGUAAAAGAAUCUGAAGAAGGCAUCAUCCUUUUCAUUGAUGAAAUUCAUUUGGUAUUAGGCGCUGGUAAAGCUGAAGGUUCAAUGGAUGCCGCAAAUCUACUUAAACCUAUGCUUGCCAGAGGUGAAUUACGUUGCAUUGGUGCUACCACUUUAGAUGAAUAUCGUAAACAUGUAGAAAAAGAUGCCGCGUUUGAAAGAAGAUUCCAACAAGUCUUAGUUGGUGAACCUUCGGUCAUUGACACGAUUAGUAUAUUACGUGGUCUAAAGGAUCGAUAUGAAACUCAUCAUGGUGUCAAGAUUACUGAUGCUGCCCUUGUCGCUGCUGCGCAAUUGUCUGCUCGAUAUAUUACCAAUCGAUUCUUGCCAGAUAAAGCCAUCGACUUGAUGGAUGAAGCUUGUGCAAAUACUCGUGUUCAACUUGAUUCUAGACCUGAAGUUAUUGAUCAAUUAGAACGACGUCAUUUACAACUAGAAGUCGAAGCUGCUGCAUUAGCAAAAGAAAAAGAUGAACCUAGUCAUCAACGUCUUAAGAAAGUUAAGGAAGAGAUGGCUGAUAUCCAAGAACAGUUGAGACCACUAAAAGCAAAAUAUGAUCAUGAUAAAAGUCGACUUGAUGAACUCAGAGCUCUUAAGCAAAAAUUAGAUGAGUUGAAAAAUAAGGCUGAUUAUGCAGAAAUGCGUGGUGACAUUGAACAAGCUGCUGAUCUCAGAUAUUACGCUAUUCCUGAAGUUGAACAACGUAUUGCUACUUUACAAUCUCAAAAAACUAAAGACGAUACCACAAAUCUUCUGACUGAAGUGGUUGGUCCUGAACAGAUUACAGACGUUGUCUCCCGGUGGACCGGUAUACCCGUUUCACGAUUAUCUAAAUCUCAAGCAGAGCGUCUACUCUCCCUUGCUGAAUCCCUUCACAAAAGAGUUGUUGGACAAGAUGAGGCUGUACAGGCGGUAGCCAAUGCUGUGUUGAGAAGUCGCGCUGGAUUGGCGCGCGAAAAUCAACCACUUGGAAGUUUUCUAUUCCUUGGUCCAACGGGUGUUGGUAAAACUGAACUCAGCAAGGCUCUUGCACAAGAACUUUUUGAUGAUGAAAAAUACAUAAUAAGGAUAGAUAUGUCAGAAUAUAUGGAAAGUCAUUCAGUUGCUCGCCUUAUUGGUGCACCUCCAGGAUAUGUUGGUCAUGAUGAAGGUGGUCAGCUCACUGAGGCAGUACGAAGACGUCCUUAUAGUGUAAUCUUAUUUGAUGAAGUAGAAAAAGCCCACGUUCAAGUUCUUAAUAUUUUACUGCAAGUUUUGGAUGACGGUCGCUUAACUGAUGGGCAAGGCAAACAUGUUGAUUUUAGUAACACUGUAAUUAUCUUGACAAGUAAUUUGGGAUACUUCCAUCUUCAAGGUUUAACUACGGACACUAUAACUAAUAGUAUUCGAGAGGCAGUCAUGAGUGAUGUUAAAAGACACUUUAGGCCUGAAUUUUUAAAUCGUCUGGACGACAUAAUCGUUUUUACACCUCUAGGACGCAAACAUAUCCGAAAAAUCGUUGAAGUUCAGUUGAAUGGGCUUAAUGCUCGUUUACAAGAACGACGAAUUAGUUUGAAUAUAGAUAAUAACGCUAAAGAAUGGCUGGCAGCAAAUGGUUACGACCCUGUUUAUGGUGCUCGUCCAUUGAAUCGGCUGAUUAAGCAUAAAAUUUUGAAUCCUUUAAGCAGGCUCUUAAUAGAUGGUGGAGUUCGAAACGGUGAAACGGCUUAUGUAACAACUACGGAUGAUGGUGCGGAUAUCAUGUUGAGAAGAAAUCAUGGAGUAGGCAGUUAUGAUAACGAAAUAGAAAUGGCUAUUGACCAAAAUGAAGAAGAGGAUAAUCAUCCACAAUUCACUACCACUGACCCAAACGCAAAGGAACUUCUUGGAAAUGCGAAAAAGCUACUUUCUGAAAAUCAGGUCAUUGCUAUACCGACAGAAACAGUUUAUGGCUUGGCUUCGAAUGCACUUUGUUCAGAAGCGAUUCAAAAAAUUUAUUUUGUAAAAAAUAGACCUUUGGAUAAUCCAUUAAUCGUUCAUAUUUCAUCAUUAAAAAUGUUAAAAGAAUAUUUAUUACCAGAUCAAACAGAAAUUCCUAAAAUUUAUGAAUCUGUUAUAAAAAAAUUUUGGCCUGGGCCUUUAACAAUACUUUUACCAAAACCUGAAUCAAUUCCUUUAGAAGUCACUUGCAACCAACCUACGGUUGCUGUACGAUUUCCUUCGCACCCAAUAGCUCGAGCUUUAAUAUCAACGUGUGGAUUUCCUUUAGCAGCCCCAUCGGCAAAUGCAUCGGGAAAGCCCUCACCAACUUUGGCAUCUCAUGUUUGGACAGAUUUAAACAAUAAGAUUCCAUUAAUAAUCGAUGGCGGACAAUGUAAUUUUGGCGUAGAAUCUACAGUUCUAGACGCGAUUAGCUCUAAGGAUCCAAUUAUAUUACGCCCUGGAGGUGUUACUUUUGAGGCGUUGGUUCAGAUUCCGGGGUUUGAAAAUCUAAGGGUUUAUAGUAAGGACUUUAUUGACAAGAAACUUGAAAUGGCACCUACAACUCCUGGAAUGAAAUAUCGUCAUUAUUCCCCUAAUGCUAAAGUUGUGUUAAUUGAUCUUGAUGGUGAUAGGAUUAAGGCAAAAACUAUAUUAAAAAGAGAAGUUCGGAGAAUUAAGAAUGAUGGAGCGAAAAAGAUCGGAAUUUUAGUAUUUACAGAUAAUAUAAAUAUACAAAAUGAUGUGCAGGAAUCUAAGCUUGAUUUAAAUACUAAUACAUUAAUAAAUGAUUUUGAUUUACCGAAUAACAAUAAUACUAUAGAAUAUUCAUUAGGUAGUUCAAUUCAUCCCGAACAAGUUGCUAAGGAACUAUUUAAGGGAUUAAGAUUUCUUGAUGAACGUAAAGUAGAUUAUAUAAUUGUAGAAGGAAUUCCUGAGAUGAAUGAAGGAUUGGCCGUAAUGAAUCGGUUAAGAAAGGCCGCUUCUACGAUCUUAAAAGAAUAA